GGAAAAUUCGACAGUGUUACCGCUCGCUGUACUUUUGUUUUAGUUUAAGUUAAGUUUAUUUUUAUGAACAAAGGAUGACCAUGUCCCAUGGAGAGUAUCGUAAAGUUGGUUGCAUCGGAGAGGGCGGCUUUGGAAAGGUUAUUCUGCUUGAAAACGCUGACAAGGAGCAGGAGGCAUUGAAGAUUGUGGACCUUGCAGGCAAAGAUUCCAAGGUUGUUCAGUUGGCGCAUCAAGAGGUGAAACUCCUUUCAAAACUUAAGCACGAGUACAUCCUUAAGUUCAUACACGUUGAAAAGGACGGAACGACGUUGAAGAUAUUAACAGAGUUCUGUCCGAAUGGCGACCUGUCUGGCUACAUUGAAGCCCACCGUGGGAAGUUGAUGGACGAACGGCGGCCGGUGGAGUGGACGAGGCAGAUUGUAUCUGCUUUAAAGUACCUUCACACUCUCCCUAAGCCGGUGAUACACCGAGAUUUGAAGAGCGCCAAUGUUUUCCUGGACGCAAACUGGGACACAAGGCUCGGGGAUUUCGGGGUUUCAAGGGUGAUCGAGUCUUCGACAGACAUGGCAACUACCUAUGUAGGAACACCCAUUUAUAUGGCCCCAGGGAUGUUUAUGGGCAUACCGUACACAGAGAAGACUGACAUCUUUUCCUUGAGCAUACUGAUGUACGAGAUGGCCUCCAUGAAGACCGAUGCUUUUGAAAAAAUGCUGCCUCAGAUCAUGCUUUUUCGGAUCAUCCAUUUUGGAUUUCCUACAAUGCCAGAUGGAUACAGCUCUGGUUUGAUAGACCUCAUGAAAACGAUGAUGCAAGUUGAUCCUGACAAACGACCUUCGGCCGUUGACCUUCUCCAAUAGCGCAUUUUAAAAACUACUGGAAAACCACUGCCAAUUGUACGUCUUACAAUCAUGAUCUACUGUUGCAAAUCAAAUGUGACAUUUGUUACCUUCUGAAAUGCUUCAUACCUGAUGAGUGCAUUGACCCAAUAUGAAUUCAUGUGUAAAAAUACAAAACACGUGUAAUCGAUUAAUUCAUUCAAGUUCUUCGCGUAAUGGAAAUCAACCUGCCUUAAUGAAAGGACGUGUUACACUUUAUUGUGCAAAUCACCGUUUGUUGUGCUUCUGAGUAGAAUUCUCUGUCUAAUAAAACACCAUUCCGUUGUAAAUAAUUACACUUUUUACCAAAAUAAUUUUUAUUGUAAUCUGAACAGAUAAAUGCCAGAGUCUGUGGGACUUAUUGGUUAAAUAGUUUUCUAGUCAGAUUCUACUGGAAGACACAAAUAAUGAGGUUACAACGGAAUCACUUACCUGGGUAGAAAGCAUCAUUAAUAGCGAUACCAUAACGGGAGAAAGAAGUUCCCAUGAUGAUGAAGGGCAUAUAGAUUAUGGACCUGUGGAUGACAUAACCGUUGUCGAGUUGCUAUCAGAAAAUCCCAUGAUGAGCUUCGUUAUGCGGGUCCUGGAUGACAUGGGGAAAUCACAAUUGGUACAAGGUCGCUCCAAACUAGAGAAAAAUGCAGAAAUGCUGAAAAUGUACUGCCUUCAGUGCAUGGAUAACAACGAGGAAUUGUUCCUGAAGGCGAGUGCGCCACUUGCGGCCAGUCAUGACGAAAACCAAAUUG